AUGUCUGCCUGCGUCACUUCUAUUUGGAGGAUAUGCUAUUGUCUUCUACUAUUGAAUGUCCUUACUGUCGAUCGCAUUGACGAUGCUCUUGACUUCACAACAAAUAUGCGUAAAGCUUCUCUCUAUGCCACUGGGCUCCAUAUGAUGUUGCUUGCUGCGGAGCGGCAACUUGCGACGGUUCGCUCUGAGACCUACGAAAAUGAACGCAAUGUCUUGCACGUAUUCGUCUCAGUUAAUGGCUUGUGGGGAUUCUCGUAUGGUGUCGUUUACUCACUCAAAGCACAAGCUGCCCGCGAUUUAUUGGCAGCAUUGCUAUUCUCAGUUAUCUACGCAUUAGCCAUAGCGUUAAUGAUGCGUGUGAGGAGAGCAAACGUUGCCAAAUGGAAAGGUCAUCGUGGUACACUACAAUUUUCUCAAAGUUACCAGGUUCGUGAAAACGUCACUUCAGCGACAUACCUAUAUAAAUGCUUCUUGAUGUAUUCAGUCCAAGCCGCUGCAAGCUGGUUUUGUCUGUUAUUAUAUCUUCUAUUCAGGGAUAUUUAUAAGGUGCCCAUGAUUGAGUUGACAUUUGGAUUCAUGUUUGACAUUGGAAUAGCACUACUAUCCACCACUUUACCAUUUGCAAUCGUAACAUUCAACGAGAAACUGAGAAAGCAGUUUCAGUUCUUUCCACGCAAAAGUUGCGAGACGGCCGAAAAUAGAGCUCAAUCAUUUGUCGACUUUGAGGGAAAGCAGAUUAGAGUAGAGGCAUGUGAGGAGGCCUCAACAUACUUCAAUCAGCUCAAAGAAGCCUGGUCUUAA